GGACUUUGGAAAAUAUGGUGGGAGUUGCAGAAUUGUAAUGGGGUAACGGGACAGAAGUGGUGCUGGGACCAAGAAGGAGUGCUUUAAGUCUGCUGAAACGCUCCAAAACGUGCUGAAGUUGUUGUUGAUGAUGGUGUUUUGACGAGACUGAUGACAGUUGACAGCCGCGCAAAACUUCAAAGGCGAUCAAGUGCCAGGGUCAGAGCCAUGCAGGCCGCGGCAGGGAUGGAUGGCAACGCGCACAGCCGACCGCCUGACCGAAGGAGAUCAUCGAAAAGCAAAGCACCUCCUCCUCCUGUCCAGAAAAGCCUGGAUGCUCCAUUGCUGAGCCUAAAGCUCCCAGCACACCCUCACCCUGCCAUGGACCAGAAGGAAAACAUGCUGGAGCAGGAUUUAACGCUCGCCGUGGUCCUUCCUGGAGGGGUGGAGAAGACCAUCGAGGUCCAUGGCAGCAAACCCAUGAUGGACCUGCUGGUCAUGCUUUGUGCAAAGUACCACCUGAACCCUUCUGGCCACACCAUAGAGCUCGUCACCGCCAACAGGAACAAUGUGAAGUUCAAACCCAACGCCCUUAUCGGAGCCCUCGGGGCUGAGAAGAUCCUGCUAAAACCGAAAGGCAUGGAAGAGAAAAUCAAAAGGACAGGAUCACUUAUGCCUGAGGCAACCGUACGAUUAGUGAUAAACUUCAAGAAAACCCAGAAAACCAUUCUCAGGGUGAGUCCUCGGGUUCCUCUACGAGAACUGCUUCCGGCUAUCUGUGAGAAAUGUGAAUUUGACCCGCAGACCACAGUUUUACUACGAAACGUCCACUCGGAAGACACUUUGGACUUGAGAAGCUCCCUCAAUGACUUCGGUCUGAGGGAAGUGUAUGCAAGAGACACCAGAGUUAUUAGCCCUGCAAGUCCCAUAAGUCUGCCUCCAUCACCUACUCACUCAGAAAUAUUUCAUCAUGGGAGAGAGAAAAUCAAGAGGGAGAAAGAAAAUAAGCGGACUUUCAGCUUAUUUCGGAAAGGAAGUAAGAAGCAAUCUGAACAGUCUAUGACCGUGAGUGCACCGGCAUCUCCAGUGCACAGGAAACAGAGGCCGGUCAGCAUGAGUUCCUUCAGCACGCAUUCACCGAUAACGUACGAUUCCAAUACCAUGCCCUCCGACACGCCAAAGAAAAGACGAGCCCCGUUGCCACCUAGCAUGAUGUCGCAGAGCAUGCCUAGUGACCUCAGUCAUAACCACGGGGAUGUGCAUCCUGAUGGUAACCAGAAUAUGGCCCCUCUGAGCCGGGGAUCCUCGACAGAGUCGUCCUUCAAGAAGUCUUCCACCAAGCGUAAGGCCCCCCCGCCCCCCACCUCGAGCAGCCCGGCCUCUCCUGACGAGACCACGCUGGACAGAGGCAUGACAGAACCAGUGUUGGAGUCUCCUCUGGAGGAGAUCAAGGAACAGGAAGAAAUGCAUGUGUCCGGCGAUGUGCAGGAGGAGCACCUGGAGGAUGACAGCAGCCUAAACCUGUCCGCCGACAUCUCCCUGGACUCGGGCCGAGCUGGGACAGCGUCUCCUUCUCAGGAUUCUGAGAUUCUGGACAGUGGGACGUCCAGAGACAAUCCAUCAUGUGACCUGUCCACAGAUGCAGAAGUAGCUGAAGGCACAGUGAAUGGAGCGAUUAAGUCGGACCAGGCCGCAAGCUCUCAUAUCCAAUCAGAAGAGAUAGAGCCCCUGGUGGAAAAGACAGAAGAGGCAAUUCAUCCGCCUGAAAGUGUCCCUGUUCUGGAAAAGGUUUCUGUGAACACCACAGAGAAGCCUGCGUCUUUGAUCAACACGCCUCAGACAUCUGAAUGCGGCGUCCAGACUUUGCAAGCCCAGUUCUUUGAUUCAGACACGACUGCGGCUUCCCCUGAGCCCAGCCGUUCAUCUUGGACGCCCGAAACCAACUUCACUCAAACCGAGACCCACAUGCAGGCAGAACCUCAAACACCUACUAAGCCAUCGAGCUUAUGCACUGAACCCAUCAUGGCCCCGUCUACAUCCCCAACAGGAAUAAAGCGAGACAUAGCCACUUCCACAGAAAAGCUGCAAGUUCCUGAACCACAAGCACCCGCGAUCCAACCAUCUAAAGGCUUGACAUCUACACCAGCCUCUAAAGCGGGAAGCGUCCACUAUAUUGUAGAUGCCGAACCCAAACCAAAACCAUCAAACGAGCUCACCCGGGAAUACACGCCCAAAGUCGGCAUGACCACCUACACCAUCGUGCCUCAGAAAUCUCUAGAAAAGCUCCGUUUCUUUGGGGUAGAGUUGACUCUGGAGCCUAGUGUGGAUUGCAAACCUGCCUCAAAUGGCACGGUUGCUCUUAACGGCCAUCAGGACGUCUUCGCGCCAACUAGUCCUCGUACGUCACCUCCAGAAGGAACCGAAUCCGCAGUCAAAGACAAGAAAGUUCCACCUGCAACAAGACCCAAGCCAGCCUCUUUCCGCCUGCCGCAGCACAAGCGAUCGCCCGGGGACUACGUGAUCUCCGCAGCCGUACGCCGAGCGAGCGUCGGCAGUAGCAGUAGCAACAGCAGCAACAGUAGCAGUCCUGCAACCCGUCCAAAAGAAGCCACAAGCGGCCCGCAGUCAGAUGCGUUUGUCGCGCCGGACGUCUUCCCUCCUCCGCCGCCACCAGUCCAAUGGGAAGAUGAGGAAAGUGCAAGCGCGAGUGAUAAACCUUCACCUCAGAAUGCAGAGGUUGACGGUCCGCGGCCCAAAUCUUCACAGUUCCCGCCGUUUCUGCCCCAUCAGAAGAGUCUUCCCGCUAACCCCACUCCUUCACUGAGUUUGGAGAAGUUGAGAAGCUUUGCUGCGCCCAAACCGUACUUGCCCAAAACGCCUUCUCGCUUCGCUCAGGCCGUGUCCUCUGCGGUGAAGAGGACCCAUUCUCUGUCCCAUCAUGCCCCGGGGGAGUCACCACGCACACAUCCUCUCACAACACAGAGAUCCGUUAGAGAUUCGCCCGAGUCGCCGACGAGCACUGUGACAGACAAUAGAGAAGGAGGCACAGAGAGAUCCAGAGAGGCCCCAUCACACACAGCAGAGCCGAGCUCGUCCCGGGAAGCAGGCAUGGGAACAUGUAAGAUUGGAAAUACUCAAGCGUCACCAGGGUGUGAAGCAUCUUUAGCAGCGUCUCCUUCAUUGAAGGGAAUAUCGGAAGUCUUUCAUUGAAGCAUUUCGACAUGCCUUAAUCCUGCAUUGACACAACCCUCAAACAUUCUGCAGGUCGUGAGGAAAUCGUCUGUCUUUCUUUUUGCAGUGAUUAAAAUAUCAUGAUUUUUAGGUGUCUCACAAAUCUGAAGACUUUCAGUACUUUUUAUCUGGAUGUGGACAGAACUGCGUAGAGCGCAGUGUUUCCCUUUCACCUUUACAGUGUGCUGUAUCUUUUUUCUUCACACAGCUGUUUUUUUUAUUAGUCGCAACAUGCCUUAAAUAUAAUAUAAAAUAAAUAUAAACACUUAAUAGUGACAUAUUAAAUCUUUCAAGCUCCUAAAAGGACAAAAAGGAUUUUUUUUUCAUUUUUUUUGAGCGAAUUAUUAUUUUAAUAAAAAAUGAUUGUUCAAAUAGCGUGGAGACGAACUAUAGUUUUAAUUUAUUCUUCAGAUUGACAAUUCAGUUAAUAUCUAUCACACUAUUUCCGCUCUCAAUAAAAAUAACAGAGAUCCUCAUAAUGUUAUCAUAUAUUAAAAAUGUAUUUUUGUGUUGUUUCUUGAAUUAUGAAUUUGUAAAUAGGCAGAUGUGAAAGAAAAUGCUCUGAUCUAUUUUGAGGCCUAAUUUUGUUUAAAUUAUUAUAUAAUAAUUGAUGUAAUUAUUAGCCAAUAAAAAUGGGACUGAAACGUCUUCAGUCACACCUUAAUCCCUUGCCAAGUAUCAGUGCAGACUGUAUCGGUAAUUAUGGGCUGCAAUUAUAGUAUGUUUAAAUAAUAAUAUGCUAUGACAUUGAACAGUUUUCUGGAUCCCACAACAACAAAUGAUUAAUCCGAGCUGUUGCCAACACUGGGCUUUUCGUUCAUUCUGAGGAGAAAACUGCUGUAUCAUUUGAGUUUAACUCUCCUCUCUUUUCUGUAUUAAAGUAUAACAGUUUGUAUCCUG